AGAAGCAGGAAGUCGAUACGUAGUUGUUCCGCGACACAGUUCGACUGUUGUUCAGUCCACAUGUGUCCAGAAUGGUGAGAUUUAAAUCAAGGUAUCUGCUCUGUGAAGUCUGUGUGGAGGACCGAAGCAGCUUGUUGCUACUGGAGGAGAGGACCAUUUAUCAAGCUGUGAAAGCUGCGGUCGCUCGGGCACACGGAGACUACGGCUCAGCAUUGCUCAUUUUGAGCUUUGCAGUGAAGUAUGUGAACGCCCACACAGGCGUUAUCCUAAUACGCUGUAGAAAGAGCCACUAUAGGAUCCUCUGGUCAGCGUUGCCUUUCAUGAGCUGUCUGGAAAACAGAGGACAGAAAGUGCCAUGUUCCAUCAACUGCUUGCAUAUCGGAGGUACAAUCCGAACAUGCCAGAAGUUUCUGGUGAAGUAUAGCACUCAACAGCUCCAUAGGAUGCUACCUCACUGUACGACUGAAGCUGAGAGAGAUGAAGUACGCAGGGCGGUGUUGAGCUGUUCUCUUGAGAAAGAGCGAGACGUUGAAGAGGAGGAGGCAGAGGAGGAGUGGGACGAUGAGUAACCGCAUUUGAUUUGGAUGCUGCAGAGUGCUGGAACCUGAAGAGGGACGUUGACCGCAUCGACGUCCCUGAAUCAUCCUCCCCGUGCCACAGUGGAGUGGGUUGGCCAUCCUGACAUCCUGAAGUUUCAGAGGCUGGGUGUGCUGACAGUAAGACUUUUGAAAAAGGGAGUGAAUUUCACUGAUUUUUGUUCAGUGGGAAUUUGAAUCGCAGUUUACCCCGUUGGAGCAUGCAAACUCCAAUUUGCAUGUGUUCAUCCAUGGAAAAUAUAACUUCUCUUAUGUGGUCAAUUGAGUUUUCAGGGUUUUUUUUUUUUUAAUUGCGAGUGACCAAGUCGAGUUAGACAUUUGUAAGCCUUUCCUCUCAGAUAGGCUCACUUGAGUAAUGUUUUCAUUUGUAUAUCCAUCUCAUUUGAUGAUUAAACUUAGUGAUUGGGUAAAUUGUAGUACACAAUGGUAGGUCAGUGAGAUGGUGUAUUUUUGCAGUGAUCAAAUAAAAUUUGACAUUGACAUUUCAA